GGUUCAAUUAUGCUUGCCAAUGGAGUGAAUUGAGUUUACGAAUCCUUGGAAUAUGGCCCAACGCUCAUUACAGUACUCGAAGUAAACUUCGAGCACAUUUCUACAUUAUUUUUGUCCUUCUCGUUUAUUAUCUUCCACAAACUUGGACAAUCGUUAUUAUAUUUGGGGAUAUUGAUAGUAUGAUCAAUUUACUAUCUUAUAACGUUUCCGGAUUAGUAGCGAUCGCUAAAUACAUUGUCAUUUAUAGACACAAAAAAAUUUUAAAAACAAUAAUUCAAAAAAUGUCCGAAGAUUGGAGAGCAAAUAACUCGGACUAUGAUUUAAAAAUAAUGAUUGGUAAUGCUAGGAUUGGACGAAUAUUGGCAUUCAUAUCUAUUCUGUAUGCUCCACUGAUUGUGACUCUACAUAUUCUUAUGUUUCUUAAGCCAGAUAAAGAUCUUCUUUACGCAUCAGUUCCGACUGUAGCAAACAAUCUGAUGUGGCCAAGUUAUUUUCCGUUUGAUACAUCCAGAAAGUAUGUCUUUGAGGCUACUUGGUUUUGUCAAAUAUUAGCGACAACAGGAGCGUCUUUGAUAUAUGGUACAUUUGAUACAUUCAUCGGGGUAAUUGUUCUACAUAUUUGCAGUCAGCUUGCUAUUGUUCGAAAAAGAUUGCGAAAUCUUCAUAAUGGUCUGAAAUCACAAUAUUCACUUUCACAUAAUUUAAUUAAUAAAAAACUUUCUGCUAUUAUUAAACGACAUGAGGAACUUAUCAGUAUGGCAAAUACAAUUGAAAGUACAUUCAAUAUCGUACUUCUUCCUCAAUUUAUUUGCUAUCCGCUAAUUUUUUGUUUUCAAGGAUACGCAAUGUUAACAAGCAUGGCUAAGACCCAAGCUUCGAGUUUACAAAUUUUGUAUUACCUAAGUUACGACACCUACACACUAUAUCAUUUGUUCAUCUUCUGUUGGAUUGGAGAACAACUAAUUAAUGAGAGUAAAUUAAUCAGCUCAUCUUUUUAUGAAAGUUCGUGGUAUAAUUACUCAUAUACCAAUUCACGAUCGCUUAUGUUAAUUGGAUAUCGAGCGAUGCGGCCGCUUUACAUAUCAGCCGGAAAAUAUGCCCGAUUUUCACUCAGUUUAUUCGUUUCGUUAUUAAAGACAUCAAUGGGUUAUUUAUCGAUGCUUAGAGCAGUUCAAGUACGCAAUUUAUAA